GCAGAGCUGCGGGGGCGGAGCGCCAACUCCAGCGGGAAGAGGGAGACCGCCACGCGGCGGGGAAGCGCGCUGAGGCGAGGAAGAAAAGGGAGACGCACGCCCAUCCUCCCUACCCCCGACACGCACACACUCAGUGCCCGGCAAGUGCAGAAACCUAGCGUCCCGACCCGCGCGCACCCAGCCCGCGAUCCGCGCUCGGGCCCCUGGCAGCCAAGCGCAUGGCGGAGAGUGGCCGUGGAAGGACCCAGGAUGGCGUGUCAGUGCUCCCCAGGGAUGUGGGCAGGGUGCUAGGCUCACUGUCGCUGUGAGACCAAGGUCUACAGCCCCAGCUCGGCACACUCGGACCUUGUGCAACUCUUUCACAGUGCUCCACCUGCAGGCAUCACCAUGGCAACCCAGAAUGGAAACACUAGUUUUGCACCCAACUUUAAUCCUCCGCAAGACCAUGCUUCCUCUGUCCACUUCAACUUCAGCUAUGGCGAUUAUGACCUCCCUCUGGAUGAGGAAGAGGAUAUGACCAAGACCCGGACCUUCUUUGCAGCCAAGAUCGUCAUCGGCGUGGCCCUGGCGGGCAUCAUGCUGGUCUGUGGCAUUGGCAACUUUGUCUUUAUCGCUGCCCUCGCCCGCUAUAAGAAGCUGCGCAACCUCACCAACCUGCUCAUUGCUAACCUGGCUAUCUCCGACUUCCUGGUGGCUAUCAUCUGCUGCCCUUUCGAGAUGGACUACUACGUGGUGCGCCAGCUCUCCUGGGAGCAUGGCCACGUGCUCUGUGCCUCCGUCAACUACCUGCGUACCGUCUCCCUCUACGUCUCCACAAAUGCCCUGCUGGCCAUCGCUAUUGACAGGUAUCUCGCCAUCGUGCACCCCUUGAAGCCACGGAUGAAUUACCAGACGGCCUCCUUCCUGAUCGCUCUGGUCUGGACGGUGUCCAUCCUCAUCGCCAUCCCGUCAGCCUACUUCACCACGGAGACUGUCCUCUUUAUUGUCAAAAGCCAGGAGAAGAUCUUCUGUGGCCAGAUCUGGCCAGUGGACCAGCAGCUCUACUAUAAGUCCUACUUCCUCUUCAUCUUCGGCCUGGAGUUCGUGGGCCCCGUGGUCACCAUGACCCUGUGCUAUGCCAGGAUCUCCCGGGAGCUCUGGUUCAAGGCUGUGCCUGGCUUCCAGACGGAGCAGAUCCGCAAGCGGCUGCGCUGCCGCCGGAAGACGGUGCUGGUGCUCAUGGGCAUCCUCACGGCCUACGUGCUGUGCUGGGCGCCCUUCUACGGCUUCACCCUCGUGCGCGACUUCUUCCCGACCGUGUUCGUGAAGGAGAAGCACUACCUCACUGCCUUCUACGUCGUCGAGUGCAUCGCCAUGAGCAACAGCAUGAUCAACACCGUGUGUUUCGUGGCGGUCAAGAACAACACCAUCAAGUACUUCAAGAAGAUGCUGCUGCUCCACUGCCGUCCCUCCCCCCAGGGGAGCAAGUCCAGCGCCGACCUUGACCUCAGAACCAGCGGCAUGCCCGCCACUGAAGAGGUGGACUGCAUCAGGCUGAAGUGACCUGCUGGUGUCUCACGACUGAAAACCCAGAUCCAGUGCUCAGAGCGUCACAUGCCACCCACCAGGUGCCCGGGCUGCACGGGGAGGGACAGCUGUGUUGCUGAUUCUAAGCCAGAACCUGCAAGGAAAGUAGAUGCAAACCAUAGCGGCUGACACUCCCUGAUAUCUGCUGAACACCUACUGUGUGCGCAGUUUUGGCCACGAGAUUAGACACAGGUGGCAGCAACUGACACGGAAUCCCUACUGCGUACAAACCACACCAGUGAGAUUAGACAAGGACAAUAGGAGCGAACCUUUACUGAUAUGCACAGGCAUUAAAAAAAAAAAAAAAGCAGACCCUAGGAAAGUUGUCAAACUAUGACCAGAUAUGUUUAAGUGACUAGACAGAGGCCACAAAUGAUCAUGCGGACGCAUCCUCCUUGCUUCAUCAUUCUCUGUCCUAGUACAGGUACGUCAGAGGUUUAUAGAGGAAGGUCCUUGGAUGCAAUGGCGGGGGGAAGUUCAUCAGUGUGGGGUUUACAGCCUCAUGGGAAAAGAGUUCACACCACGAUAUUGGGCUUUCCCGCCCAGCUCCUGUUAGCUCCUAAGACAGUCUCUAGGGAAGGUAUUUUUCUUGCAACUGGGCCAACCUGGUAUGUUUAUCUACAAUGGUUUCAUUUCAAAGGAAAGAACCAAAAAUUCUUUCCCACCCAUGCUUGAAAGCCCAUCGUUCUUUCAGGUGAAGACAGGCAACCCCAAGACGGACACAUCUAGUUCCUGCAUCCUCAGUGCAAAGGAUGUCAAAGGCUCUGAGGUUCGGGAGGAAAAGGACAGGGAAAGGGAUGGAGGUUGCUGCUGGCAAUGAAUGUAAUCGGUGCGGCCAUCUUUCUAGAAUACAUCAUCUUAUUCCAAGACCUGCUUCAAGUCCUAACUCUCAGACUCACGGGGCCUGGAUGGCUCCUCUCUCUGGGUCUCAGUUUUGUUUUCAUGAAAUGGGGAUGAGGAAAAUAAUCUAUUCUGCCUGCCUCAGGACCACAGGAGAGCCCACAGGGCUCGUGGCUGCCAGCCCUGCCUUUCAGCCAUCAGUGUGCUGAGAAGGGACAGCGACAGUGAGCAGUUGGUGUGGAGCGUGUUUGUCUGCAAACACCAUCCUCUCUGGUCUAGUGCGAGAAAUCGCCCCUGCUGUUUCACCCCCCUCUGUUCUUUGGACCGGAGACCGCUUGACCCCUUCCCAGGGCAGCCCGAGGAAUCUCUGUCCUGGAUUCUAAUCAGAAAGUGUAACCUCAGGGUCUCAGAGCCCACAGGCGCUCAGCCUCCCUGGGGUGUCAGAAGUGCUGGCAUCUUUCCCACAUGUUGCCAUCAGCUCGCCCGGUGCUGUGCAAGCCUUGUUUCUGAGUCUACGCUCCUGCGUGUCCGUAGUGACCGUGUGUGCGUGACCGUCUCUUCCCGACUCAUUCUGAAGCAGAGUCUGCGCAAAUGAGGGUUGAUCUGCCCAUAUCUGGUCCACUCCUAAUUUUCUGUCGAGAAGGGAUUAUUAUUUGUGUGUGUGUUUUAAUUAUCUGUGAGUUUCUUUAUCCAGCUGUGAGAUUUUGACCACCAUUUUUUCUGUCACCAUUCAGCUGACCCCUCUUCGGUCCAGUUACUGACCCUCAGAAAAGGCAAACUCACCACAACGUUAGCCUACGCAAGAUGGCUUAUAAAUGGUGACUUUAAAAAAACGAAUGCAUUCCGAAGCCAAGCAAACUAUCUACAUUUUCACAAACAGAAUAAUAACUGUACUAUGUUGAUUACCGAACCCUGACUCUUCUCCUGGUAGGAUGCUGUAGGAGUAGACUGCACAGUGUAGCUUGUCAGUAGAAUUCAUCCCCUUUGCUCUUUUCAUCCUAACAUGUACCAUCCUUCUUACAUUGAACUGACUUGUAAAUAUCAGUGUGUAUUUGUGAUUUUUCCAGUGAAUAAAACUGUGAUGCUGUUAUCAAAUGAAGUCACUAACGUGGGCAUCUUAA